GACAGUUGGCAGACGACUGCGGACCGCGCAGGAUCUCCGCACGCGCUACGGACAGGUAGGACGUAAAGGACUACACACGACAGCUUUUUCAACGAUCGCAAUAACCCUAUGCACGCGUCGGCGAGGGCCUUAUACAGCGAAACACGCGGGGCAUCAGCCUAACGCAGUGUUAAGUGCAGUGACAGUGACCAGUGUAGUGCAAAACGGUGACUAAAAAAGUGAUUUUACUCUGGUUUCGUGAAGGGUGCAGUACAUGGCUCAGCCACGGGUGUAAUUAAUAUUAAACUACCGACUAUAAAGACUGAACAAAAUCAUCAUGGACGUUCUUCAGAAAAAUUACGACGAUGGGAUCCAUCCAGGAUACAUGGACGGUGCUGCGGCAGGAGCGCUUUACGAGCCCCACGUCGCCCACAGGCCGGGAUUACAGGGUCUUCAUCAUUCGCCGCAUUUGAACCAUGCGAUGCACCCGUACCAUGCGAACCAUGUCAAUCCCGCUGCGAAUCAUGUCAUGGGCGGUGCAGUACCCGACGUUGGAAAGCGAGACAAGGACGCGAUAUAUGGGCAUCCCUUGUUCCCCCUUCUCGCCCUGAUAUUCGAAAAAUGCGAGUUGGCAACCUGCACACCCAGAGAACCCGGUGUAGCGGGUGGAGACGUUUGUUCUUCAGAAUCAUUCAACGAGGAUAUAGCAGUUUUCUCCAAACAAAUACGUCAGGAGAAACCUUAUUAUAUAGCAGAUCCCGAAGUAGAUUCACUUAUGGUGCAAGCUAUCCAAGUGCUUCGGUUUCAUCUCUUAGAAUUGGAAAAAGUACACGAACUCUGUGACAAUUUCUGUCAUCGGUACAUAAGUUGUCUGAAGGGAAAAAUGCCCAUAGACUUAGUGAUAGACGAGCGGGAUGGGGGCAAACCCCCCGAGCUCACUGGAUCGACCAACGGAGAUGGAGGCACCAGAAGUAACGCGGACUCGACGUCUCACACGGACGGUGCGAGCACGCCGGAUGUCAGACCACCAUCGUCGUCACUAUCGUAUGGGGGACCAGUGAACGACGACGUAAGGUCACCUGGUACACCAGGACCCCUUUCACAACCACCAGCUUCACAACAGAGUCUCGACGCCUCGGAUGCAGAUGGCAUGGGUAAAUGGUGUCCACGGCGAGAGUGGUCAUCACCUACGGAUGCCAGAGCAGCGAGUGAUGCUGCAAGAAGAGGCGUUCUCUACUCAUCCGUCUUCCUCGGUAGUCCUGGUGAUGCCAGCAACGCGAGUAUCGGAAGCGGGGAAGGUACUGGAGAAGAAGACGACGAUUCGAACGGAAAGAAGAAUCAGAAAAAACGGGGUAUAUUUCCAAAAGUAGCAACAAAUAUAUUGAGGGCGUGGUUAUUUCAGCAUUUAACGCAUCCCUACCCUUCGGAGGAUCAGAAGAAACAGUUAGCUCAAGAUACGGGUCUUACAAUACUACAAGUUAAUAACUGGUUCAUCAAUGCUAGGCGGAGAAUAGUCCAACCAAUGAUAGACCAAUCGAAUAGGGCAGUAUUUUCACCCCAUGCAGGUCCAAGUGGGGCAUACAGUCCUGACGGCACCAUGGGUUACAUGAUGGAUGGACAACAGAUGAUGCAUCGACCGCCCGGUGAUCCCGCCUUCCAUAACCAGUACGCACACUAUCCCGCAGAGUACUAUGGACACCAUCUGUGAGAUCCCCCUUUGCGUGUAACAACGACUAUGGACAUAGAAAUAUGCAACUCUUAAAUGUGAUUAUUCUCUGUACAAAGUGUAAAUGUAGUGCCCCAGUUAUUAGUUUACGGGAAGGACUUGUAAAAAAAAGUAUUAGACUUACUCGUGUGCUGACUACUGUACAUAAAAUAGAAAAUGGAGUGAAGUCGUCGCCGCGCAACGCCUGAUGGAGGGACAAAAACUCAAAACGUGUAAAGUGGUCUCGUAGCUUAGGAAUCCUCAAUGUGUUACCCAAAAUCCCAUCCCCCAAUAUCCUGGCCUCAAACAUUUCGGAAACGCUCGGAAAAACCGAAAAAAAAACAGAAACCGUUGGAUAUUCGUUGAAAAUCACACUAAAAACGCGCAUUCUCAAGAAUCUCAACCAAGUUCAGUUUUUCCGAACGGAAUCCUGAACCUUCUGGACCCCCCCGUAUCAUAAACGAUCAGCCUUUCUUCCCCACCAAUGAAUUGGUUUAAUCACUUCUCCGCAAUCAUCACGUUUCUUGAACAAAAAAAAAACGCGAAAACUACGGCACGCAUAAAAUAAUCAAAGGUUGUGCUGUUGUAAAUUACUAGUUGUUAUAUUUGUUGUGAUUUUUUUGCUAUUUGAUGAUGAAAAGAGCUGAAGAAGUCUCCCUGUCCCGAAGAAGAUAUACGAAACGAUAUACGUAACUAAGAAACUAGAGAAUUUCCUAAAACUAAUAAUACACAAGUAUACAGAACGUUGCAAAAUCACUCAGGUGGUCCACGUUUUCAUGUAAGAAUGUCACAUCUUGUAUACUGAUGAUGCGCAGCGUGCUCCACGAAACCCUCAAACUCAAACGAGAAAUUGACAAAUUUUGACCCAACAAUACUUUAUGCGGUUUCGUUGAGAACGCCAGCGGUCUAUCACUAAUUUUCUUUAGUGGAAUCGUUUAGGUUAAGUAUGAACACCUUAUAGUUGACCUGACGAUGAUUUUGUUGCAUAGUGAUUAGUUACUUCGGAGCCUGGCGUCAGGACUCUUGUUGUUGUUAGCUAGUCCUGCGUCGAACAGGAUGCCUCAUCCUCCCUAGAAUCUGCUACACUUUGUAUACGACUUUAGUGAUGUUAUAGUAAAUAUUAAUAUUACUCUUCUGUAGCGGAGUAGGGAGGGGGAAACCAUCCUGUUUAGUAUCUUAAAUUCGAAAUUUGAUAGUGCACUAUCAUCUAUCCAAUUGGAAACCUUGAAUUUUCGAUUAUCGUACGUAAUUUCGAAUUUAUCAUUUUUAUUCAUCUGUAAUUAGUGCAAUAUAUUGAUUAUUUAUAUUGUAUAUAUUUUUGUGAACAGUGUGUUGAUUUAUUUAAACUUAGAAAAUAAUUUGUAUUUUGAGAAAAUUUUGUUUCUCACAAAUUAUAAGUACAUUGGAUGGUUGAUACUGUAUUAAUCAUAUUUAUUCUCCCACUUUGUUAAGCGAAUUUGGGGAAACCUACUUGAUUUCUUUCAAAAACGAUAUAAAUUAUUACGACAGAGGAAGUUAAAAUACUGUAUCGUGCUCCAUACAAUCUUUUCAUUUUUCUCUUUCGUUCUCCCCAGCCUGUACUUAGUUGUAUUUCCCCAAAUUCGCCAUUUUUCCUUUUGUACAUACAUAUUACCUCCGAGAAGAUUUCGGCUGUUCGUUUAAAAGUGAUUUUCCAUCAUGAAAAUUUUCGCCUUAUUCAAUGUAUACGAAAUUUAAAAUCAAUACAGAUCAGUGAAAGAUAUCGUACCUCUAUGUUAUGUAUCAGAGGCAACUUUAUUGUGUUCCGCUUUUUCAUAAGAAUAUAUGAAUAUAUUAUAUAUAUUAUUAUAAACGAUUGUGGGACGAGAUACCUUCUAAAGUAAUUUGGUAAAGCCGUGUCCUCUGUAUAGUGUUUUUUUGAAACGUGAGCAUUAAAUGCUACAUCUUGUGUACUUAUAUAAA